AGGAAGAACAUUGGUAGUUAGAAUAUUGCGACCAUCAAUAAAAAUUGCUCAUAAUACAUCACGAGGUACCUCAAAUGCCAAUAAUACAGAAACAUAUCCCAUAAUUUCUCGGAAGAACUCCAACACAUCGUCUCACCCUAGCCCUUUGCCAUUUGGAGAAUGA